CCUGUGCAUUAAAAAUUUUUCUGUUCUUCUGUUCCAUUAGUAAAUGCCAUAACAAAGUAUGUACUAUACUUCUGUCCCAUUGGUGUCGGGAAAAGUUUUCACUGUAUUCCAUCAGAGGUGCUUGCUUACUUUCUUAUGGUAUGCACUGCAGAGCAUUUUCUCAAGAUCUGGGAGUCGAGAGGCCAGUUUCUUGAGCAGCGAGACUGACAGGCUCUCAGAGGAGCUCAGCUGGCUGACUGCAGCCUGUCUCCUCUCUACCUCAGCCACCCUCCUGAGAGGGUUGGUCGUCCACUUCCUCAGCAGUCGCCGUCCAAAUGGAGUCUUUGUGUGGUUCAGGAUCCAGAACAGAGUGUUCCUCUCGCUCUUUUCCUCCUGCAGAAGCAUUAUAAUGUUUUCAAGAGUCUUGCUGUUGAGCUUCAUACACCGAUCACCCGCAGAAAACAACUCAAGGUUGCUGCAGAUAAUGGAGUUGAUGAGGGAGACCUCCAGAGUGGAGGAUGAGCUGCUAGGGUAGAGGAUCUCGGCUGGCUGGAGGUGAGACAGCCUCAGCUCUAGCUCCGACAGAGAGGAGGUGCUGUCUUGGAACUGAUCAUAGACCAUGACACCCACUGCCGGCUGAACAGCCUGUGACCAUAGUACAGUACUAAAGUGCAUUAAUAAAAGCGUGGGAUCCGAGAGGACGCGCCCGAGGAUUAGAGCAUAAUAUGUACCGCAGUUGGGCAUGGUUAAAAAUUUUUGAGUGACCAGGAGAAUGCAAUAUGCGGUCCAACUCAGCUCGUGGUCAACUUUUCACACCAAAAUUCAGUCACACCCGUUCACAUUCUCUGCUUAUAAUAUGCACUGUACUAGAGCAUGUAUAAUGUAGUUUGCGUCACCGAAAGAAUGCAAUUGUUCCCCACCCA